UAAGUUUGGCUCAUCCCAUCCUACUCCAUUGCCUUUACUCGCUUCUCUGCUCUCUCUCUCUCCACCGUCCACUCCCUUCAGCCAUCUUAUGCUCUUUCUCUCUCUCUCUCUCUCUCUCCAUGAAAGCAAACUAUUCCCACACUUACUUUAUUCAUCACCAUGGCUGACCCUUACUCUCAUCUUUUCUCUUCUCCUCCUUUCUUCCAAUUCAACCCUUUCCCUUCCUCCAACCCUUCUUCUCACCACCACCAUCCCUAUGCUCCUCUCCACAACUUCAUCAACCACCCCUCCGCCACCUCCCCCGCCGGCUUUUUCAACCAACCCGCUUCUUGUUCUUCUUCCAUCACACCUUCACCGCCGUCUCCUCCUCUCAGAGAAGCGCUCCCUCUCCUGAGCCUCAGCCCCUCCAGGCAAGACCACGAUCAUCCUCAUCGUCCCGACCUGGACCGUGUCAGGGACGACGGGAUCAUCCUCCGCAGUGCUGCUAAACCCAAAGAGGAAGAAUUAGAAGACGAAGAGGACGACGAUGAGGCCACCGUCACUGUUGCACUCCACAUAGGGUUGCCCAGCCCUAGUGCUGCUGAGAUGGCUUCCGUGCUCUCCUCCUGCUCCAAUGAUAAACAACAGGAAGGGGAAGGAGAUGGCGGCGGAGACGACGAUUAUUGUUCUGCCUCUGGCGGCUUCAUGCUCCCCAAUAAGCUCAACAAGGGACAGUACUGGAUCCCUACUCCUUCUCAGAUUCUUAUCGGUCCUACCCAGUUCUCUUGCCCUGUUUGCUUCAAGACCUUCAACAGAUACAACAACAUGCAGAUGCAUAUGUGGGGGCAUGGAUCACAGUACAGGAAAGGGCCUGAAUCGCUGAGAGGGACACAACCAACGGGCAUGCUGAGGCUUCCGUGCUAUUGUUGCGCUCCAGGUUGCAGAAACAACAUCGACCACCCAAGAGCAAAGCCACUCAAGGAUUUUAGAACACUUCAAACGCAUUACAAGAGGAAGCAUGGGAUCAAGCCCUUCAUGUGCAGAAAAUGUGGGAAGGCUUUUGCUGUCAGAGGGGAUUGGAGAACCCAUGAGAAGAACUGUGGCAAGCUCUGGUAUUGUAUCUGUGGCUCUGAUUUCAAGCACAAGAGGUCUCUCAAGGAUCACAUCAAAGCCUUCGGGGCUGGCCACGCUGCUUAUGGGAUCGAUGGGUUUGAAGAAGAAGAUGACCCUGCGUCCGAAGUGGAGCAAGAUAACGAGUCCACCCAGUAAACAACUACACAUGGGAUUAAUUAAAUUUAUAAUAUAUUAAUGCGAACUAGAUAUGUAUCUUAGCUUGUAAUGAACUGAUAAUUAAUUAGGAUCAUAUAAGCAUUAAGUUUAAAUGGAAGCCAACUUUAAUUUAA